AGUACAGAGGUUCUGAUGUGCAAAGCUCCAGUGCACAUUCUGAUGGAAUGAAUUCAUAUCUGAAAAGGUCAGAGUACAAAUCCUCUCUUAGAUCCUCUGCUAUGGAAUUUGUUCCACAAAGUUCAAGCUAUCAUUUCAAUCAUCCACCAAAAGGAGGCAGUAAAGCCUCAGUGUCAAUGGAAACAUGUCUCAAGGAUUCAAGCCAUCAGUUAAAUUAUCCACCAAAAGGAGGCACUAAAGCCACAGUGUCAACUAAGGCACGAUCUAAAGAAACCAGUUUUCAACAAGGUGGAACACAGGUUCAUGCUCUGCUUCAUAAACCUCAACAAACCAAUCACACCACAUAUCAUACACCGGAAACGGCUAUGCUUUCCACGCAGGAGUCCAUGCAGCGUGAUGGUUUAGUGCAAACCAACGUGGAACAACAAAAUUUUCUCACUAUUAUGCAAAGGCAAAACGACAUCACUGCUUUGCUAGUACAGCAGCAGUCUUCACUAUCAUUACCCCCAAGGGAUAUACCAACCUUCGAUGGAGAUCCUCUCGAGUACAGAACAUUCAUUAGAGCAUUUGAAAAUGGAGUAGAAGGAAAGGCUGCUAGCAAUCAAGAUUGCUUGUACUUUUUAGAGCAGUACACCAAAGGACAACCUAAGGAGCUGGUCAAGGGCUGUCAACACAUGCCACCUGAAAGGGGGUAUCAAAGAGCUAAGACACUUCUUCAGAAAUGCUUUGGAAAUGAACAAAGAAUUGCCACAGCUUACAUGGAGAAAGCUCUGGGAUGGUCACCAGUGAAAGCAGAAGAUGUCAAGGGCUUGCAAGCCUUUGUUUUGUUUCUACGGGUUUGUUGUAAUGCAAUGGAGGACAUUAGCUACAUGACAGAGAUGAAUAUGCCAUCCAAUAUGCGUGCUAUAAUUUUGAAGCUACCAUAUAAACUGAGGGAAAGGUGGAGAAACACUGCUUAUGACUUGCAGGAGAGGCACUGUCGUCAAGCAGGUUUCAGUGACAUUGUCAGUUUUCUUGAGAGGCAAGUAUCUAUUGCCUCUGAUCCACUCUUUGGAAAUAUUCAGGAUGCAUCCAUCUUACCAUCAAAAUAUCAUGUUGGCCAUAAAGUUCCCCAUGUUCGCUUCAAGGGAAGGGGAAGCAGUUUUGCUACCUCUGUGGAAGCUGUUACUACUGGAAACACACAUCAAGUCUUAGAAGAGAAAAAUUUAACCAAGUCAACAAAGGUGACGUGUCUGCUGUGUGAGGAGGGUCACAGAUUAGAGUGUUGCCCCAGACUAGAAAAGAAGCUGCACAGAGAGAAAAUAGAUUUUCUAAAGGUGAAAGGUGUUUGUUUUGGGUGUUUGACUGUUGGACACAUGAGCAAAGACUGUCAUAGACGUCUAUCUUGCAAGUUGUGUAACCUGAAACAUCCUACCUGCCUCCAUAUUCAUUCAAAGGAAAAGGAAAUCAAAUUAGAGGACACACACCAAGAAACAAGUCAUGUAGUUUCUCCUAAGACUUGUGGCCAUAUAGGGGCCGGUGUGCAAGACUGUGUUUUGCCAAUUGUGCCUGUACAAAUCAAGGCUGUAAAAGGUAGUAAGGUGUUGAAAACCUAUGCAUUUUUAGAUCCAGGCAGCACAGCCACCUUCUGCUCUGAUCGACUCAUGAGGGAACUAAAGGUGAGAGGAAAAAAUGCCAAGAUCCUGUUGAGAACCAUGAGUCAAGAAAAGUUUGUCGACAGUCAUAUCAUCUCAGGACUGGAAGUAUCUGCACUCAAUAGUAAUACUUUCUUUGAAUUGCCUGAUGUAUUUACACAAUAUGUGAUGCCUGUGACUCGUGAUAACAUUCCACGACAAGAAGAGCUAAGUGCCUGGCCACAUUUACACUCUGUGGAAAUUCCUGUCAUCAAUGCAGAUGUGGAUCUAUUGAUUGGAACCAACGUUUCAAAAGUAAUGGAACCAUGGCAAGUGGUAAACAGCAAGGAUGGAGGACCUUAUGCUGUCAGAACCCUAUUGGGAUGGGUUAUUAAUGGACCACUAAGAGGAGGCAAUGAGACUGGAAGUAGCUACCCUACCAGUACAGUCAAUCGAAUAUCUAUUGCUAACAUAGAGGAACUGUUGGUGAAGCAAUAUAACCAUGACUUUAAUGAGAAAUUAACAGAGGAAAAGCCAGAAAUGUCUAGAGAAGAUGUCAAGUUUAUGGAGAUCAUGAACCGUUCAGUUGAACUCUGCAAUGGUCAUUACUGCAUGAGAUUACCUUUCAGGGAGGAAAAUGUUAUCAUGCCCAACAACCGUCAUGUUGCUGAACAAAGGGCCCUCUGUUUGAAAAGGAAAUUAAUGAAAAAUGCUACCUUUAAAGAAGAAUAUACUCACUUUGUGAGUGAUGUCAUAAAUAAAGGAUAUGCAGAAAAGGUGCCAGAAAAUCAAAGGAAAGGAAAAGAAGGAAAAGUCUGGUACGUCCCGCAUCAUGGCGUGUACCAUGCAAAAAAGGGAACAUUGCGGGUAGUAUUUGACUGUGGUGCAAGCUUUAAGGGGAUGUCGCUCAACAGUCAGCUACUUCAGGGACCUGAUUUGACAAAUUCAUUGCUUGGAGUUCUGAUUAGGUUUCGUCAAGAAGUUGUAGCAGUGAUGGCUGAUAUACAGGCGAUGUAUCAUCAAGUUAAAGUGACAAAACAGGAUGUUGAUUUUCUUCGCUUCCUGUGGUGGCCAACUGGCGAAUUAACACAACAUCUUACUGAAUAUAGAAUGAUUGUUCAUCUGUUCGGUGCAAUAUCAUCACCCAGCUGUGCCAGUUUUGCCCUAAGAAAAACCGCUGAGGACAACAGGGCAAAGUUUCCAGUACACGUGACGGACACGAUCAAGCACAAUUUCUAUGUGGAUGACUGCUUGAAGUCCCUACCUUCAGAAGCAGAGGCCAUAGCCCUGGUAAGAGAUCUGACAACUGUAUGCCAGUCGGGGGGGUUUCGGCUGGUGAAAUGGAUUAGCAACAGCAGGUCAGUGUUGGAAUCUAUUGAUAUGGAAAAAAGAGCUAAAGAAGUGAAACAAUUGAAUCUCGACAGAGAUAAUCUCCCUGUCGAGAGAACACUUGGACUGCAAUGGUGUGCAGAAACUGACACCUUUAGGUUCAAAAUGGCAGUCCAGGAAAGACCACUGACAAGACGAGGUAUCUUGUCUGUAAUAAGCUCCGUGUACGAUCCCAUUGGAUUUUUAGCACCCUUUGCUUUACCUGCCAAGUUGAUGCUGCAAAAUCUCUGUAGGUUGAACUGUGGUUGGGAUGAUCACAUUUCCCCAAACUGCCAACUACAGUGGGUAGGGUGGCUAGAAGAUUUAAGAAAGCUUAGUACAUUUAGCAUACCAAGAUGCAUUAAGCCAAAAGAUUUUGGACCGCUUACCAGUGCCCAAUUACAUCACUUCUCUGAUGCCAGCGAGGACGGAUAUGGUACAGUAUCAUACCUGAGGAUGCAGAAUGACAAGAAGAAAAUUCAUCUUGCCUUUAUUCUAGGAAAAGCAAGAGUUGCUCCAUUAAAGAAAGUGACAAUCCCAAGGAUGGAACUAACUGCUGCUGUGCUUGCAGUUCGAAUUGAUAGGAUGUUGAAAACAGAAUUGCAGCUGGAGUUGGAGAAUUCUACUUUUUGGAGCGACAGCACAACUGUACUAAAGUACAUUAGGAAUGAAACAAAGCGUUUUCAUACCUUUGUGGCCAAUAGGAUCUCAACAAUAAGAGAAACCACUGCUGUUUCACAGUGGAGGUAUGUUGAUACAAAGCAGAAUCCUGCUGAUGAGGCUUCACGUGGGGUAAAAAUUGAGUACCUGCUCACAGGCAGCAGAUGGAUCCAUGGCCCAGAUUUUCUUCUAAAGAAUGAAAGGGAAUGGCCUGUUAACAUUGUGGAUUCUGUCUCUGUCAGCAGUGAUGACCCAGAGGUCAAAAGAGAGGCUACAGUUAAUGCUGUAGUCAUUAAAGAUGUCCUAAAUGUAACACUGUCAACACAGAUGCACAGAAUUCAACAAAUCAGUUGAUAAAUUAUUUCUCUUCAUGGAAAAGGCUAAAGAUUUCAGUUGCUUGUUUUCUACAGGUGAGAAAGAUGUUGCUGCUGUUAAGUCAGAAGAGAAGAGAAAUACAAGCUUCUGUGUCCAGCAGUGGACUUGAUAUAAUUCAACAAAAGAACAAAGUGGAAAAGGAGAUGCAAAUAUUCAGAACCACACUGACUGGUCAAAUCAUGUCCCCUGAAAAUCUUGAAACCUCUGAAAAUGCCAUCAUUCGAUACUGUCAAUUAGACCGGUUCAAUGAGGAAAUAACUGUUUUGAAAGAGGGAACAUCUGGAGUGAAGAAAAGCAGUCAUAUUUACAAACUUGAUCCAGUAUUAGAAAAGGGGCUAUUGAGAGUGGGUGGAAGGCUCAGUAGAGCAGCAAUGCCUGAGGGCAUGAAACAUCCAGUCAUUUUAGCUAAAGACCAACAUAUCUCCACUCUCAUUCUUCGCCACAUUCAUGAGCAGUUAGGACAUUGUGGAAGAAAUCACCUGCUUUCUCGACUUCGUCAGCGGUAUUGGAUUACCAGUGCAAAUGCUGCUGCUAGAAAGAUUAUUUCAUCUUGCGUCAUUUGUAGACGCUUUAGAGGGAGGCUGGGUGAACAAAAGAUGGCAGAUUUGCCAAAAGACAGAAUUCAACCUGACCUCCCACCAUUCACAAGUGUGGGUGUUGACUACUUCGGGCCUUUUGAAGUGAAGAGAGGCCGCAGCUUUAUAAAGCGCUAUGGUGUUAUCUUUACCUGCAUGGCCAGUAGGGCAGUGCAUUUGGAAAUGGCAUAUUCAUUGGAUACCAGUUCUUGCAUCAAUGCACUGCGCAGAUUCAUAUCUAGAAGAGGCCAGGUAUUGCACAUCAGAUCAGAUAAUGGAACUAAUUUUGUUGGUACAGAACGUGAGCUAAGAGAGGCUCUGUCUGCUCUUAAUCAUCAAAAAAUUCAAAAGGCAUUACUUCAGUCAGGAGUGAAAUGGAGCUUCAACACUCCUACUGCAUCACAUCAUGGUGGAACAUGGGAACGAAUCAUUCGUAUGGUCAGACAGGUGCUGAACUCAGUCCUUCAUCAGCAAAGUAUGGAUGAUGAGGGAUUACAGACUCUUUUAUGUGAGGUGGAAGCCAUAUUGAAUGACCGUCCAAUCACUAAAUUGUCAAAUGAUCCUAAUGAUCUGGAACCCUUGACCCCAAAUCACAUCCUCUUGUUGAAAGGCAAACCUGCACUCCCACCUGGGCUUUUUGAGAAGAGUGAUUUAUACACAAAACGACGUUGGAGGCAAGUUCAGUUCUUAUCGGAUCUCUUCUGGCACAGAUGGAUCCGGGAGUACUUACCUCUGUUACAGGAACGACAACGGUGGUCUAAGGACAAGAGAAGCUUCAUCAUUGGAGACAUAGUCAUUGUGGCAGACUCUACUGCCCCUCGUGGAUCCUGGAUGUUAGGGAAAGUACUGCAGACCUUUCCUGACCCACGGGGACUUGUGCGGUCUGUUAAAGUUCAGACCAAAUGCAACAUUCUGGAAAGACCAGUCACAAAGAUUUGUCUUCUGCAAGAAGCGGGAUAAAGAUUGAUGUAUACAUGGACAUUAUGAACUAAAAGCCCAUAUGUGCAUGAUGGAUAUUUUAUUGGCUCCAUUGUUUGUAUGGUGUUUAAUUGUUACAUUAUUAUAGAGUAACAAUCAGGGGCCGGUGUGUUGUAGCCAAUUCUGAUGUGUUAUGUUUUUUGUUGGUGGUAAGUUGCAUGGGGGUGACGUUCUUCCACCUGCACACUAGGGGGCAUAGGCAUGGCAUUAUGCUAGUUGUGGAGGCUAUAUGAUUAAGACACAGGUGAGCCAGAGGUAGGACGAUCAGGAGAAGCCACAUAGUUUUUCAACCGUGCAUGCGUGCAGGUGUGGUUUGAUCAUGUUCAGCUAUUGGCACUAUGUUUAAUGUUGUAUAUGGAUGAGCUCAAUUGACAUCAGUAAUGCAAGCAGCAGUGUUUGUAAGUAAUUAUAUUCUUCAUUGAAUAAAGUGUUAAUCGAGUGCCAUGGGAGACCUGAUUUCUUGCACCAUUACGCGUUGGAGACGACUUCAAAUUCCCUCAAAUGUUUUUUUUGUGGUACGAUCGCCAUUACAUUAAUUAUAGGAAAUAUGAAACAGCAGCUGUUAUCAUAAAAAAGCUUUUUUUAAUCUUAAUCUAAUCUGUAAUAAUGUGACCAGUGCAAGCUACAUUUUAUUUUUUUGCCACAACUUGACCGUGUAGCUGGAAGUAACAGCGUACAAACAGAACUGUUCAAUCAGCUUUAUUAUUUUAAACAUGGAGUAAACUCAGUAAGUUGCUAAGAGCUAUCAAAUGAAGUUUUAUUGAUCUUGUGAAAACUGAUAACCUGUGGCUCUCAGCUUUAAAAGCAUUAAUACUUAUGAAUUGUUCAACUUUUUCAUAUUUGUGUUUGGGUUAGAAAAUAAACUAGAUCAAGAAAGCUGACGCAAAUGAAAUACAACAUGAAAUGUUAUAAAAGGCACAUAUUAGCAAAAAUAAGACAUAAAUAAAACAAUUCCAGAUCAAGUAA